AUGAUAUCAGCUAGUAAAGCUUUCAUUGGAAACAAUGUGGUAUUAGAAGGAACCAUGCAAAAAGCAUGUAUUUUAGUAGAAGAUGGGAAAAUAGUUGAUAUUUUGACAGGUAAUGCCUCUGAUGACCUAAACAAGGACGACUAUUGUGUGGUGGUGGAUGCCGGAAAUGACGUCAUUAUGCCAGGUGUGGUGGAUAGCCACGUCCACGUGAACGAGCCUGGAAGGACGAUGUGGGAAGGCUACUGGACGGUCACUGAAGCGGCAGCUGUAGGUGGCACGACCACCAUUGUUGACAUGCCACUAAACUGUAUUCCAUCUACAACCAGUUGUUCUGCCUUUGCGACGAAACUAGACUAUGCCGAGAGUAAAUGUUUUGUGGAUGUGGGAUUUUGGGGAGGUAUCGUACCAAACAAUCAGGAUCAACUCCGGCCUAUGUUAAAAGCAGGCGUUCUUGGUUUCAAGUGUUUCCUAAUACACAGUGGAGUGGACGAUUUCCCAGCUGUCGACCGCACUGAUUUGGAGGCUGCUAUGACCAUCCUGCAAGGAACCGACGCGGUUAUCUUGUUUCAUGCGGAGAUGGAUUGUUCCUGUAACAUAGGCCAAUCGACAGGUGAACCACAAACAUACAAUACAUUCCUAGAAUCUCGUCCUGAAGUCAUGGAAAUGCGGGCAAUAGAAUUGGUGUGCGAACUCUGUCUAAAAUACAGAGUGAAGUGUCAUAUAGUUCACCUGUCUUCAGCUAGUGCUCUCCCCUUAAUUAUUGAGGCGAAACAAAUGGGGGCGCCACUUACGGUGGAAACGUGUCAUCACUACUUAUCAUUGGUAGCAGAAAACGUACCAGAGGGCGCUACUCAGUACAAGUGUUGUCCGCCGAUACGCUCACAACAUAACCAGGAGCUUCUGUGGGAAGGAAUCCUAGCUGGACAUAUAGACAUGGUAGUAUCUGACCACUCUCCCUGUACUCCUGACCUUAAAGACCUUCCCACUGGAGACUUCACUACGGCCUGGGGAGGCAUCGCUUCUGUCCAGUUCGGUUUGUCUCUAUUUUGGACUUCAUGCCAACAACGUGAUCUGACCAUACACGAUGUCGUUAGACUGCUGUGUAGUAACACUGCUCAGCUGGCUGGAUUAGGGCACCGAAAAGGCGCCAUUAAAAUCGGAUAUGACGCAGACUUUGUUAUUUGGGACCCACAAUCUUCAUACGAAGUAUCCAGAAGGAUGAUUCGUCAUAAAAAUAAGUUAACUCCAUACGAAGGGAGACAACUCCAGGGCGUUGUGAAGACUACAGUGGUAGGCGGUGUCCUAGUUUACGACAAGGAAAUUACAGCACGGAUUCCACGAGGGAAAAUGCUUCUCAGAAAUACAGAAAACGUCUAG